CAGGGAGUUGAUGGAGCGCUCCCGCAGCCUAUCGGGCGUCACCGUGUGACGACCGUCCAAUCACGUCGGAGGGAGGGCGGGCCUCGGGCCCGGGGGCGGGAACACGGAGAGGAGACAGCGCCGUGUCGGUCUGUCAGCAGCGGCGGUGGUGUUGUUGUCGCCGACCAUGGGGAGGAAACUCACCGAGACCUGGACCGGACCCGGUGCGCCCAGCAGUUUGUUUCUGCGUACGGACCGGAUUUUAACGCCGCGAAUGGUCUUAAGCGUUUGGACCGUCUCACCUUCCCGCUGCGCGUGAGCUCCGAUGUGAGGCGUGAUGGGCAGCCAGGGCAGCCCGGUGAAAAGCUACGACUACCUGCUGAAGUUCUUGCUGGUGGGUGACAGUGAUGUCGGCAAAGGAGAGAUCUUGGACAGCUUGCAAGAUGGCUCUGCGGAGUCCCCCUAUGCUUACAGCAGCGGUAUUGACUAUAAGACUACCACCAUCCUGCUGGACGGGAGGAGAGUGAAGUUGGAGCUUUGGGACACGUCAGGCCAGGGGCGGUUCUGCACCAUCUUUCGCUCCUAUUCCCGUGGGGCUCAGGGUAUCCUACUGGUGUAUGACAUCACCAACCGGUGGUCAUUUGACGGCAUUGACCGGUGGAUCAGAGAGAUUGAUGAGCAUGCUCCGGGCGUGCCUCGUAUCCUGGUGGGGAACCGGCUGCAUCUGGCCUUCAAACGGCAGGUGCCCACGGAACAGGCGCGGGCCUAUGCCGAGAAGAACGGCAUGACCUUCUUCGAGGUGAGCCCCCUGUGCAACUUCAACGUCAUCGAGUCUUUCACUGAGCUGUCGCGCAUCGUCCUGAUGAGGCACGGCAUGGAGAAGUUCUGGAGGCCCAACAGAGUCUUCAGCCUCCAGGACCUGUGCUGCCGGGCCAUCGUGUCAUGCACGCCGGUCCAUCUCAUCGACAAACUGCCCCUGCCUGUGGCCAUCAAGUCCCACCUCAAGUCCUUCUCCAUGGCCAAUGGCAUGAAUGCUGUCAUGAUGCACGGACGCUCCUACUCGCUGGCCAACCCGGCUGGCGGUUCCAAGGGCAACAGUUUGAAGCGUUCCAAGUCCAUCCGCCCGCCACAGAGCCCCCCCCAGAACUGCACUCGCAAUAACUGCAAAAUUUCUUAAGGUCUGCUCUGGGCUGUGCAUCAUAGCCAGACAGAGGGGUUUCAGGGAGAGACACAGAGGGAGGGUUAGCUAUCACCUGUGUUAACAGCAGAACCAAACGGAUGGAUAAAGGACCGAUAGGAGAAAACGAGGGCAGCUAUUAAAGAAUGGAGUGUGACCUCCUACCAGGGGUAAAUUUAAAGAAUCCUCCUCCUCAGUUGUGGCAAGGGGCAUGAGGAGCUGCAGUGGUUUCUUGGUCCCUUCUGCUCACCAGUUUUUCAGGAAAGACUGACUUCCUCUUAGAAUCCAUCAACAGACUUAAUGCUCAUGAUCACCAACAAUGGACACGAGAGGAAGAGAUUCUCUCCUUCGUUUGCUCCCGUGUUCCUCCACUAAUGUGAUGACCUCAAGUUUGACUUGCUAAGUUUGUGUGGUAGACCUCCCAGCCAGAUCAAAUCUUUACUUCCUGUAGGUGUUUCAUUCAUCCCUUCUUAUCUUAUCCUUCUUUUUUCUCUUUCACUCUUUUAUCUUGUCUCAUUUGUUCAUGGUCGUCAGUAUUCUUUUUUCCCCCUUUACCCUUUCUUCAGUUUAUAUUCCUAUUCGGAUGACCAGUAAGCUCAUAUCCAGCAGUAUUGGUGCUAUGCACAAUAGCGAGGCACUGUUACACGUUCAUCCCUCUUGAAGACUGUCAUUGAUCAAACACUUAACGCUCACCUACUGACCUCAAUGCUUGGUUUACAUGAGAACAGUACUUUCCAACUGUGUGCUGUGGAAACGUGUGCGUAUGGUGCGUGGCUGGGGUCAACUUGUUAUGAACACUUGUGUUUUGAAAAUUAAUGUGUGUUUUCACACAAAUCUCAGCAAUCUAGAGUUGAUGCUGAAGCAGUAGAAGCACUCUAGGAUCCGCAUGACCUUUUUUCUUUCUGUUUUGUUUAUGAAGCUUUGCCAGGAAGCUGUGACUUCAUUUUCUGUUUGGCAAUAGUACUACUGGGAGUUGUAGUCAAGGGCAAGGGCAGUUUUCCUCUCAUCUCAUGUCAAGACACCAAUUUUAGGGAGCAGUUUGGGUCUUUGUUGAAAUUAACGUUUUUGUCAGUCCUUCCUCAUCCUCCUCAGCUUCUUCUUGCUAUCUCUCUCACUGUCACCAUUAAGAGUUAGGGGUCUACAGUUAAAAGGAUGUGCACCUUAGAUUUCACUGGGCAUGUGUCAUGCCUUUUACAUGAGGCAGAAACGGGGGUCGCUGCUCUGCGUUGUUGGGUCGUUGGCGACUAAACCGGCACCCCCACUUCAACCCUUGGGUUGUUGUGAGGAGGGUGUGUGGACACCCUGCAGCACUAAAAACAAAACCUGUCAAAGGGCGGAUGAGUUCCUCUGUGAACCAACGGCCAUCCAUACCUGGACAGGAGAUGGAGACCACCAGGUACUCCCCCUACUGAAACACAAUGAUGACUCAGCCGAGACUUGUUGAGGCAUCAGCUGUGCUCCUACGACCUCCACAGGUUACAGAACUGAUGAUGAUGAUGAUGAUGAACAAACCACGGCGAAUGCAAUUGAAUCUACUAUAAACACACACGCACACACCUCUAUCUGCUCCCCCAUAGCUUUAGCUAAUAUAUUUGCUAGCUUAACCCUCCUGUGCCAAAUAAUGAAACCAACCAACAGUCCAUGCACACAUAGUAGUUGCCAAACACGCUGGAUUUCCACAUUCAUUAAAGUGUGUCUCUCUUCCGAGAGCUGAUGAUCUCCUAGAUGUCUUUUUCCUAAAUAGACUCUCCCUUCCAUUGCACGUAAUAAUGCCGUUCCAACACAUUUUGUGCGGCAUUCGACAUGGAGCGUGUCUGAAAACCCCUGGCAUGACUCAGGGUUGUUUGAAAAGCGUUCCUGGAGGGAAUGCAGACAAUGAGUGCCAAAACAAGGUCAAAUAGAGGGAAUCGACCUCUCCCAGUUUGGCCUUUGACGCUGGUGUGGUGUAGAACAGGUUCUGUGUUUAAAAAAGGGACAUUUCACAUGUUGAUAGUAAACGGCAGCCUGUAUUUCUCAGUUCCCUCUGAGAGACCUGAUCUGGGAUCAAUCCACCAUGAUUUGCCAGCAGUAUAUUCUUAGAGCCCAGACACACCAAACCGACUAGCAGCGACGAAGGAUCACCUCACGUCGCCUGCCAUCUGGUCCAAAAAGUAGCACUUGAACACAUGGCAGAGACUACAGCCGACGGCCCUGAUUCGCUAGCUUAGCACUGAUGCGCUAAGCUGAAUAGCCAAUCAGAGGGAGCUCUCUCACCGACGGGCUCCACCGAUUCAACAUGCUGAAUUGGCCGAAAAGCUGCCAACGGGUCCGACUAGUGCCGACGGUGCUGGACACAGUGCAAAAACUAGGGUCACAGACACUCAGUGACGGCCCGACAUUAGCCGACCGUCGGCCUAGUGUGUCAGGGCCCUUAGAGAUCAGAAUCAAGAAACAUAUUUACCCGCUGCACUAAUAUCCAAUAUUUACUUUUCUCCUCAUCCGGGAGGUCAAAGGUCAACUGCAGAAUACAUCCACUGGAGCUGGAAGGGAUCCAAUGUCGUGCUAAAGGGAACAUUGUCAGGGUGUUUGAUGUCAAGGAAAACUUUAACAGGGUUCUAAGAGGGUCGCCAUGCUAAAUGAAUGCACUCAACGGGAGUUGGUAGUGAAUUUUGUUUUUAGGAGAGCGGGCCCACGGCAGCUCCGCCUCCUCAGCAUGCCUUCAUCUCUGAACGCAUCAGAACACCAACACGCCAUCUGUUUACCUGAGGUUCUCCCGUGAUGCCAGCCCCCCUGCUGACGGGAUCUGUCCUCCCCUUCAUCUCUCUCUCCCCUGUUCUCUCUCCCUCACCCUCAUUCUGCUCUUUCUGCCCCUGUUCCCGUUUUCCCUCCCCCUGUCAGCUGCACUCCACCUCCACAUGCUAUCCCAUGAUUAAUAGCUGCUGAAUAAUAGAUGCUCUCUUCACAGAUCUCUGGAGGGCUUUGUCGGCCCGCCUCGCCUCUCCUCUUUUUCAUCUCCCACCCCUCCCUGCUCCCCUCCAGCAUCAAGCAGGAAGCCUCUCCUCUUGAUGUCCGUCCUCCCGAGCAUCCGUCUGUCACUUGUCAGCUCACCGCUCCUCAGCUGGGUGCACAUUCAGCAAGGCCUUCAACGCUAAACCACACCCAGGCAUCCCCUGCUUGUGACAGUUUAUUUUAGUUUGAUUUUUAUUUGGGGAAAAAAAAAGUUACGUUGAAAAUGUAUUCUUAGGUGGGGGUGUUCCUCCUCCUCCCUUUUGUGCUCCACCUCUUCAUCAUCUGUCCAGCCCUCAGUCGUGUUGUUUUGGCACCAUUAAAACCAGGACUCGUCCUCUAGAUGUAGUUAUUGCAGUGUGAAUGUGGGGUUCUCCCUUCACCUCUUUAUCUCAGGGAGUUGUCUUUACUGCCAGGCUUGAAAAUGUCUUGACUCACCCAAUGAAGCCUCCUCCCUUUAGGCACACCCCCCCCCCUCUCUCCCAUAGAUCUGGAGACAGAUUGCUGGGGUGUUUUUAGGCCGACCCUGAGGCUGUGAUAAGACUAAAAGGCUCCUUGUGCACAGCAGGCCCGGGCUGGGCGGGGUUCCUUUCUCCUUUUCCCAGCGGUGUCCCUCCACAUGCGAUAAGCUAGUGCUUUAGCCGUGGCAGGAAAAGCUGACAACACCGAGCUAGUCAGCGAGGCCUGUAUGUCCGCUUACUCAACAUACGAAUGAGUUUGGAGCGCGGGGGCCACGAAUAAGACUUUCACCAUGGUUGGGAUUCUAACAUUUUUAAGAAGUAACGAGUUCAAGAACAGUCUCUUUUUUUCCCCUUUGUUGGACAGCGACAGUGAAGUGGGUGAAUAGAAAUGGGAGAGAGAGGGGGGAGGAGGGGGGUAUGACAUGCAGCAAAGGUCGCCGGCUGUAACCGGACCAGCGACAGAUGUGACCGUGUGGUAUGCGCUGUAACCAUUCAGCUACCAUUUAAUGCUCUGCCCAAAAGUAAUUUGCUGCUUAGCAUUUCUUCUUUCCGCUUUUUCUGCCCAGUUGUACCCGGCUAAUUACCCCACUGUCCCCGAGUCGUCCCGGUCGCUGCUCCAACCCCCCCUCGCCGAUCCGGGGAGGGCUGCAGACUACCACAUGCUUUCUCCCGAUACACGUGGAGUCGCCAGCCGCUUCUUUUCACCUGACAGUGAGGCGUUUCGCCAGGGGGGGCGUAGCGUGUGAGAGGAUCACGCUAUUCCCCCCAGUCCCCUCCCUCCCCUCCUGAACAGGCGCCCCGACCGACAGGAGGAGGCGCUAGCGCAGUGACCAGGAAACAUACCCACAUCCAGCUUCCCACCCGCACGGCCAGUUGUGUCUGUAGGGACGCCCGGCCAAGCCGGAGGUAACACGGGGAUUCGAACCGGCGAUCCCAAUGUGGGUAGGCAGCGGAAUAGACCGCCACGCUACGUGUGUGGUAUACCCAGCCUCCCGAGUGUUGGUGAUGCAGAGAAGAUGAACCACGUCCUUUCAGCUGCAGCUCCUUUAGUUUGAACUAGUCACUUUGUGUUUAGGUUUUUGAGACCCCCCCCCCCCCAAUGGUUACCUACACACACAAACGCACACAUUGUGUGUUUCCUGCCAGGGAGGUCCUGCAGGACUCUGCUGUAAUGGACGUGUUGAAAAAGGCGAAAUGUUUUGAAUUGGCCGAUGGGAGGAAACAUGAAGAUCUCGUUGUUAAUGAAGCUGUUCCCACACGUAGGCGUGUGUGUUCAUACAAAGGAGGAGAGUGUGUUGUGAAGUGACGAUGACGAUUUGGGAGGAAUGUUAACACUAUUUUAUUUUUCCCCCCGUCUGGUUGAAGCUGCUGAGUGACCUAAGCAACGGUUUCUGUGUGUGUGUGUGUGUGUGUGUGUGUGUGUGUGUGUGUGUGUGUGUGUGUUCCUCGUGCAUCAAGCUGAACUUCCUUUGUCUAAGUUAUUGAUUGUACAGUUCUAAAGGUUACGGUAUGAAGACUUUUUCACAAUAAAACUGUCAGA